AAAUUGCAGCUCAUAGAGUCGUACUAGCCGCUUGCAGCCCUUACUUCCAUGCCAUGUUUACAGGUGAAAUGAGUGAGAGUCGAGCAAAGAGAGUUCGAAUAAAGGAAGUAGAUGGCUGGACGCUGAGAAUGCUUAUUGAUUAUGUUUACACUGCUGAAAUUCAGGUUACAGAAGAAAAUGUACAGGUACUUCUCCCAGCAGCUGGUCUGUUACAGUUGCAGGAUGUGAAGAGGACUUGCUGUGAGUUUUUAGAAUCCCAGCUUCAUCCUAUCAACUGCUUAGGGAUUCGUGCUUUUGCUGACAUGCAUGCAUGCACAGAUCUAUUGAACAAGGCCAACACAUAUGCAGAACAGCAUUUUUCUGAUGUCAUACUUAGUGAAGAAUUCCUCAACCUUGGUGUAGAACAGGUGUGCAGUUUAAUAUCCAGUGACAAACUUACAAUUGCAUCAGAGGAAAAGGUUUUUGAAGCAGUGAUAGCAUGGGUAAAUCAUGACAAAGAUGUGAGGCAGGAGCUAAUGGCACGCUUGAUGGAACAUGUUCGGCUGCCUUUGCUUUCCCGAGAAUAUUUAGUUCAGAGGGUUGAAGAGGAGACGCUGGUAAAGAACAGCAGUGCAUGUAAAGAUUACCUCAUUGAAGCUAUGAAGUAUCACUUACUGCCAACUGAGCAACGAGCAUUGAUGAAAAGUACUCGAACCAGACUGAGAACACCUGUAAGCCUUCCAAAGUUGAUGAUGGUGGUUGGAGGACAAGCACCAAAGGCCAUCCGCAGCGUGGAAUGCUAUGACUUUAAAGAAGAGCGCUGGCAUCAGGUAGCUGAAUUGCCUUCUAGAAGAUGUAGAGCAGGCAUGGUGUACAUGGGUGGACUGGUUUUUGCUGUCGGUGGUUUCAACGGCUCUUUAAGAGUUCGCACAGUCGAUUCCUAUGAUCCAGUGAAGGACCAAUGGACCAGUGUUGCUAAUAUGCAAGAUAGAAGAAGCACCUUGGGAGCUGCUGUAUUAAAUGGGCUCUUAUAUGCUGUAGGAGGAUUUGAUGGGAGUACAGGUUUAUCAUCCGUAGAAGCUUAUAAUAUGAAGACUAAUGAAUGGUAUCAUGUAGCUCCAAUGAACACAAGAAGGAGUAGUGUUGGUGUAGGUGUUGUUGGAGGUAUGCUAUAUGCUGUUGGCGGCUAUGAUGGGGCGUCACGUCAGUGCCUUAGUACGGUGGAAUGCUAUAAUUCUAGUACAAAUGAGUGGACCUAUGUGGCAGAAAUGAGCACUAGACGGAGUGGAGCAGGUGUUGGUGUGUUAAACAACUUAUUGUAUGCAGUUGGUGGUCAUGAUGGUCCUUUGGUUAGAAAAAGUGUUGAAGUAUAUGAUCCUGCCACCAAUACAUGGAGGCAGGUUGCAGAUAUGAACAUGUGCAGAAGGAAUGCAGGGGUUUGUGCUGUAUAUGGCCUGUUGUAUGUAGUUGGAGGAGAUGAUGGUUCCUGUAACUUGUCAACAGUGGAAUAUUAUAACCCAACAACUGAUAAAUGGACAGUUGUGUCCUCUUGUAUGAGUACUGGAAGGAGCUAUGCAGGUGUUACAGUUAUUGACAAACCAUUAUGAACAGCAAAAAGAUUUUCAACU